CCACUGCAGUGGUGGAGCCGUAUAACUCCAUCCUGUCCACCCACACCACCCUGGAGCACUCCGACUGCUCCUUCAUGGUGGACAACGAGGCUCUGUACGACAUCUGCCGCCGAGGCCUGGACGUGGACCGCCCCACCUACACCAACCUCAACCGCAUGAUCGGACAGGUCAUCUCGUCCAUUACCGCCUCCUUGCGGUUUGACGGCUCACUGAACGUGGACCUGACGGAGUUCCAGACCAACCUGGUGCCGUACCCCCGCAUCCACUUCCCCCUGGCCACCUACGCCCCUAUCAUCUCGGCAGAGAAGGCUUUCCAUGAGAACCUGUCCGUUGGUGAAAUUACUGCGAGUUGCUUCGAACCGGGAAACCAGAUGGUAAAAUGCGACCCUCGGAGAGGGAAGUACAUGGCGUGCUGUUUGCUGUACCGUGGGGAUGUCGUGCCCAUGGACGUGAACACUGCCAUCUCCAACAUCAAGACCAAACGGACAAUCCAGUUCGUGGACUG